UCAAACAUUAGACAGCUUAGAGGUAAGCAACACGUGACAGCAACGCAAGGUGCUACACCCGACAUAUUUGUGUUGAUAUCUCGAGGCUUCCAUAACCCGUAAAUUCACAACAUCCACUCCACUCUAUCCCAUCAACAACAUAAAAAACAACAACUUUAAGGCCCUUCUCUCCCCCAAACCGCCAGCGAAGCAAAAUGGUCCUAGUGAUUCCAUCAGACCCAAUCAUAGCCCGGCCCUCCUGGGGAGCGACGUUCAAGAUCAGCUCUCCCAUGGCGGAACCCACUACCCCAGGGGGCUCCUCGGUCGCGGUCUGGGGCGUUGUGAUCCCCAUUAUGUUCUUCUUUGAUUCUCUCUUCAGCGCCAGGGAGGGAGACGCAGACGGCGGCCUCAGCUUAAACAGUCUUCUGCGAGAAUGGUCGUUGAACGAUGGGGAUUAUGACGACUAUGUCGACGACGACGACGACGAUGACGAUGACGAGGAAGACGACUCAUUGGCGUGGGAGGACCAGCAGGCGUGGGCGCUAUCGUGGGUGGAGGAAGUCCUCUCGUGGCAAGGGCUGGACGGGCGUGCGUGCGUUCAGAGAUUCAUUUGCGAGCUGCAGCACAGGACGAUUCACAAGUACAGCGUCUUGGGCGAGACCAUGGCCCUGCUCUUCCGAAUGGCCAACAGCUCGUCAACUAACAGCGUAAUGGCACCUUAUUUAGAAGCCGAAGAAAAAGGUCAGAGUAUCAGUAACUGGACAGAAUGCGGCGCCCUGUUUCCCGCCUGCCCCACUUCGCCAUUCAAACUCUUUGGCGGGAAAUUAAACAUGACCGUGACCGAAUAGUGACGGACGUAUUUUGAAUUAGCUUAUUUAUAUUUAUUUAUGUUACACUCAGGAUUUUUUUUUUUCAUUUAUAUUCUAAUUUAUAUCACGUUGGAUAUUUAAUACUCUAUUUUUUGUGUUACGCUUGUGCCUUCGUAUAUAUGACUUUGUGUGUUAUGUGUAUUGUAUCGUAUGGUCCCAAUAAAAAUGUUGAUGUA